GCGCCUUUCCCUCUUACUCGACGAAAUGGCAGGCAUCAACGCAAACGACGACAAACUCGUCUUCGAGUCAUCAGAGGCGGUCAAUGUCGUCUCCACAUUCGACGAUCUCAACCUGAAGGAGGACCUCCUGCGCGGAAUUUACGCGUACAACUUCGAAAAGCCUUCCGCCAUCCAGCAGCGCGCCAUUCUCCCCAUCACCCAGGGCCGCGAUGUCAUUGCCCAAGCCCAGUCUGGUACCGGUAAAACCGCGACCUUCUCGAUUUCCAUCUUGCAAUCUAUCGACGUCACCGUGCGCGAGACGCAGGCGCUCGUGCUUUCCCCCACUCGCGAACUCGCGACGCAGAUCCAAUCCGUCGUCCUCGCGCUCGGUGACUACAUGAACGUGCAGUGUCACGCGUGCAUUGGCGGUACUUCCGUGGGCGAGGACAUCCGCAAGCUCGAGUACGGCCAGCACGUCGUAUCCGGCACGCCGGGGCGCGUCUUCGACAUGAUUCGCAGGAGAAGUCUCCGCACACGGAACAUCAAGAUGCUGGUUCUGGAUGAGGCGGAUGAGCUGCUGAACAAGGGCUUCAAGGACCAGAUUUACGAUGUGUACCGCUAUCUUCCUCCCGCCACCCAGGUUGUCCUUCUUAGCGCCACUCUGCCUUACGACGUGCUCGAGAUGACGCAGAAGUUCAUGACCGAUCCCAUACGCAUCCUCGUCAAGCGUGACGAGUUGACGCUGGAAGGCAUCAAGCAGUUCUUCGUCGCCGUGGAGAAGGAGGACUGGAAGUUCGACACACUCUGCGACUUGUACGACACCCUUACCAUCACGCAAGCCGUCAUCUUCUGCAACACCAGGCGAAAGGUUGACUGGCUAACGGAGAAGAUGAGGCAGUCCAACUUCACUGUCUCCUCGAUGCACGGAGAGAUGGUGCAGAAGGAACGCGAUGCUAUCAUGGCCGAGUUCCGCGCGGGCACUUCUCGCGUCUUGAUAACAACGGACGUCUGGGCCCGCGGCAUUGACGUGCAGCAAGUGUCGUUGGUGAUCAACUACGACCUUCCUGCAAACCGUGAAAAUUACAUCCACCGUAUUGGUCGCUCUGGCCGCUUCGGACGGAAAGGUGUUGCUAUCAACUUCGUCACUGUUGACGAUGUUCGCAUCCUCCGUGAUAUCGAACAGUUCUAUAGCACCCAGAUUGACGAAAUGCCCGUGAAUGCCGCUGAGCUCAUCUAAGGGUGGGACGACGAUGACUAUAGCAAUGGAUCGACCGGACUGAUGUAUUCGUGUGUUCAUGAUUGUUCUCUGUAUCUUAUACUGUUGCGCUCUUAUUCUGCAAGAAAACGUGUUUUCCUGUA